AUGUUGUCUAAACUGUUAAUAUCCCGCAAGUGCUACCUGAAUUAUGAAAUAUCAUCUGACAUAUACCAAAAGACUGUAAACACGGUCUUGUUUUUUGAAGCUACUGCUUCAAGCUUAAGCCACAAUACCGCCAUAGCCUCUUUCGAACAGGCGAUGGACAAUUUGUCAAAAAAAACACGGCAAAACCUUUUAAUCUUGUCAGUUGGUGCAUUGGCGUCAAAAACAAUAGUUAUGAGGUUACUCUUUGAAUUGGAAAACAAGACGGCCAAGCUUAUAAGAGGUUAUACGCGUGCGAGGAAUGACCGCGCUGUUGAACAAAGUAUUUCUUCUUCCUCCAGCCAAGUAUGCGGGAAGGUUACUUUGGUAUUCCAGAUGAAACGGAAAUAUGAGCCAAUGAAAAGGACUGAAGGUGAUAAACUGUACUUUGGUGGGGUCAGUGUUGCAACAAAACUCAAGAACAAUGCUGAAGAUCUUGCAAAAAACUAUUGUCAACUUGGCCCAAAGACAAAGCACAUAAAACAAAAAACUUACAAGAUUUUUAUCUCCCACAGCAUGUCCUUGAAUAGUAUCGUGGAUCUUUCUGAUCACUCAUUGGAUUCUCAAAAGCAGUAUUUUGCUGAUAAUGAGUGGGAUCAAUUGAGGAAGCAAUACCAUAUGAAGUCCAGCCUUGUGAGUAUCAAGAAGUUUGACUGCUUCAAGAAAUAUGACGUCUUCGCGGAAGCUCUCGGUGUUCUUGUCGGUGAAAAAUUGAACCUCUUCAAGAAGUUGGACCUCCUCAUCAAGAAGUUGGACGAUUUCAAAAAAUCUGACGUCCUCGCGGAAGUUCCCGGUGUUCAUAUCGGUGAAAAGUUGAACCUUUUCAAGAAAUUUGACUGCUUGAAGAAACUAAAUAAGAAGCUGAAAAAGUUGAACUUGGUGGACACGUAUGCUUUGGCCAGGAACCUAAUUCAGAACCUAAAUGCACCUGAUGAAAUCCUGUUUAAAAUCUAUGCUCACACCUCAUUGGAUACUAAUCUACUUUCCAUUCACCACUGUAGCAUUGAUGUCUACCGCUUUCACUCCGUGGCUCUUAAAAUAAAAUCAAAUGAUCCUACUGAGUUAGAUUACUUAAUGAAGAUCUGGGGUGGAAUAUUAGAACCAUUAUUUCCUGAUACAAGCGGGGAGGGCGAGUCUGUAGCCGAGGAUAACAAUUUCAGAAUUGACUGCAAUCAAUGUGAUGUUUCAAGAUUGUACCUUGGGGAUUAUGGCUUGUAUUGUAUUGAUGAGUUUCUGGAUUUAAGGCUUCCAUUAAGCCCCGCCGAAUUUGCCGAAAACUCUUCAAAUUGGUUUCAAAAGCUGUUUUCCUUAAGGCAACAAGAGGAACAGAUUAAUUACAGCACAUGGAUCCGUGGAUCAUUCUAUCCCCCAAUAUGUCAAGAUAACUCAUUGUAUAUUCCUCAAGAUUUACAUGGUAUUCUGGUCGAAAGCAGCAAGAAAAACGAAAAGUAG